GGGGUCAGGAAGCCGGAGAAAGAACGGCCUGGCGCGGAGGCCAGCGAUCGGAGCGUCCACAUCCCGCGGGAGGGCGAGCAGCGGGUGAGACCAGAGACCGGAAAAACAUGCUUCUUGAACCACUGCGGUCUUUCUUCUACAGAACUCUUAAGCUUAUUGGCAGAAUAGAGGCAAAUGAAACUGGGUGUUCAUCCGCAGCUCUGAGCAAAGGAAGACAUGGGGCUUUGAAGGUGAAAGGAGUACGGUGUCGGCCAUGGGUCAGCAAGACACAGCCGGACAAUGUGGACCAAUUUCUUCAAACUACGAGUCUUCUGCUGUCUGUUUGCAGUGCUGAUGGUGGUGGUGUUGGUCGUCAAUGUCACGCAGGUAGAGUACUUGGACCAUGAGACGCUGUCGGAGACAUUCAUCGACAGCAGCGGACAGUAUAUUUCCUCCCAGGCUACAGGCAUUACCCGGACUCCGUACUGUGGCUACGAGCACCAGACCCUGUCCAGUCGGGAACGCUCGGAGGAGGACGCCCUGCUCGCUGCCUCGAAGUGGCAGGUGCCUGAUGCGGGGCCCGUCCCGUUUGUGAAGAGCACCGACCCGUCGUCCAGCUACUUUGUCAUCUUGAAUUCUGCAGCCUCCUUCAGGGUGGGGAGCCAGCUGGAGGUGCUGGUUCACGUGCAGGAUUUUCAAGGGAGGCCCAAGAAGUACGGAGGAGACUACCUGCAGGCCAGGAUACACUCGCCUAAGCUGCAGGCGGGCGCCGUGGGCAGAGUGGUAGACUACCAGAAUGGAUUUUACAAAGUGUUUUUUACUUUGCUCUGGCCAGGCAGGGUUAGGGUGUCCAUAUCUCUGGUUCACCCCAGUGAAGGGAUCAGAGUUCUUCAGCACCUCCAGGAAGAGAGACCGGACAGGGUCUAUUUCAAGAGUCUCUUCCGCUCCGGGAGGAUUUCUGAAACCGUGAAGUGCAAUGUGUGUCUUCCUGGAAGCCUUCCCCUGUGCAAUUUUACAGAUCUCUACACCGGAGAGCCCUGGUUCUGCUUCAAGCCAAAGAAGCUCCCCUGCAGCAGCAGAAUCAACCAUUUCAAGGGCGGAUACUUGAAGGGCCUUCUCUCUGCCGCGGACAGUGCUUUCUUUCAGAGCGGUGUCAAUAUCAAAAUGCCAAUCAAUUCCAGUGGACCUGACUCGGUGACUGUGAUUUCAAGAAGAAUAAAAGAAACUGAUGACCUUGAAGUAACCCAAGGAUCAGGAACUUUUCCUUCUGGCUAUUUCUACAAAAACCAGUGGUGGCCCCGAAGGUUUAGGAUGCGCCGUUUCAAUGACCCUGACAACAUUACAGAAUGCUUGCAAAGAAAAAUGGUGUAUUUAUUUGGUGACUCAACAAUCAGGCAGUGGUUUGAAUACCUCACUACAUUUGUUCCAGAUUUAGUGGAGUUUAAUUUGGGUAGUCCCAAGAAUGUGGGCCCCUUCCUUGCAGUGGACCAGAAACACAACAUCUUGCUCAGAUAUCGCUGCCACGGUCCACCCAUCCGCUUCACGAGCGUCUUUAGCAACGAGCUCCAUUACGUGGCGAAUGAACUGAAUGGGAUCGUGGGCGGGAAGAACACAGUGGUGGCCAUAGCUGUAUGGUCUCACUUUAGCACGUUCCCCUUGGAGGUGUAUAUCCGGAGACUCAGGAACAUCCGACGAGCAGUGGUCCAACUCCUGGAUCGAAGCCCCAAGACUGUGGUUGUCAUCCGGACAGGCAAUGCCCAAGAGCUGGGGCCUGAGGUGAGCCUUUUCAACAGCGACUGGUACAACUUUCAACUGGACACUGUCCUUCGGAGGAUGUUUUCAGGGGUUGGUGUCUAUCUUGUUGAUGCCUGGGAGAUGACCUUGGCUCAUCACCUGCCCCACAAGCUGCAUCCAGAUGAAGUGAUUGUGAAGAACCAGCUGGACACAUUCUUGUCCUACGUGUGCCCCUUGGAGACCUAACUGUCCUCAAGUCCACUGGAGGACUCACCUUCAGUGACCUUCCCAGCUGCCCUGCGGCAUGGGAAAUGUGUGAUCAGACAAACUCCGCUGUGAAACAGAUGCUGUUAACUUGUUUGCCAUCUCAGAGAACAGCUGUACUUUGCAUAAGGACUUGUGAAGAACUCAGGCAUCGCUGGCCGCAUUUGAAUCUACCUGUAGGGUUUCCCCGUUUGACGUAGCCAUCAUAGAGUUCUUAUUUACAGCAUCUACACACUGUAUUGCCCUCGUAACCAAAGAUGCCAAUGAGUGGAUGAGAACUAGCUUCUCCCGGGGAGAUGACUGUGCGGAUGCCCAUGAGAAGUGUGCUUUGUUUGCCCCCCGUCUGGUGAAGGAAAUUGAACCCAUCUACGUGAACAGCACAAAGUUCUCUCCUUGGGAAUAGAGAGGGAUUUCUGUCAGAGGUUCCUGUGGCUGAAGACUGCCGUAUCUCAGGAGUUUCUAUUGACUUACCUAUUUUUUUCUCAAUUGCUUGUAAAGGCCAAUGUGUGCGGUCAGAAUUUUAUAAUGAGGAUAUUAACAAUUUCCCUCUUUUAUUGAGGAAAGGAGCAAAGUGGAAGAGCAUUAAAUCUCUGCUUUGAAUUGGUACUGGCACUGGAUAAUUAUUUCUUACUUGAUUCACUGAAAUUUUACAUGAUGAAUUCUUAUUCUAGAGUAACGGCUUUUGGAAACAAAUAUGUAAACAGAAGUUUAUUUUUAUGUUCUGAAGCUUGCAAGAUUUAAGAACUGACUUUUAUGUAAAGAAUGCCACUGGCCCUCAUAAAAUAGUUUCUCCCCUCAGCAAUUCCAAACCUUCUCUUUUCUUUUGGCUGUCAUGAAGUAUAUGUCAAAAUUAGACGUUAAACCAGAUCAGAAGUUAAUAAAAUUAGAUAUUAAAAUCCAUGACAGCUUUUGUUGGCUUGGACAUAAAGUAUCAUACCCAGUGCCUCAUGCUUGGAAGUAAGAAGCAACUAUCUAGCUAUCUGCUAUUCCUUCUGGCUCUUUGGACCCAUGGCCUUGUGCACAGUAGGCAGUUGUGUGUACCAACUCAGUUACAUUCCUGGCCCAUUUCCAUACAUCCAAAAAUAACAGGAUUGGCCACUUUAUUGGACUUUGUCUUAUUAAUAUCAAAUGAUUUUAAAUUAAAUUUAGGAUCAUUUAAUUAGUAGCUUUUGCAUUAUGAGAGGUUACAGUUUGCUUUUGCUUUCCUUGAACAGACACAUGUGAACACUGAAAUGGCUUGGGAGACAGAAAAAUGCUCACUCUUAAAGUAAGAAAAAUACUCACCUUCCAGGAUUUGGAAGAUUUGGGCUUUUAAUGCAGAGGACUUAAGUCAUUCCUUUCCUGCUCUUGGGGACCAUUACAUUUGUGAAAUAAUUUGUGGGGAAAAGUUUUAUAAUUGUUUCUGGAGUCUGAACAGGACCAGUGAAGUUAAAUAUAUUAUGAUUUCUUAGUUUUUGCCGUACUGAAGCUUGAACCUGCUGGAACCUUGUGCAUGCUAGAUAAGCAAUCUACCACUGAGCUAAACUCCCAGUAGUUCUUCUCCUUCUCCUCUUCUUUCUCCUUUUCCUCAUCCUCCUCCUUCUUUUUUAAAUUUUUUAUUUUAAGAGAAGGUCUCCAUAAAAUCACAGGCUGGUCUUGAACUUGCUUUGUAGCCUAUAUGAGCUUAAAUUUUUCAUCUUCAUGCAUUAGCCUUCCCAGUAACUGGACCUAUAGACUGUGCCAUCAGCCUGGUUAAAAUAGCUAGUUUUAAGCCAGGAGUGGUGACACACUUGGGAAACAGAGGCAAGUGGGUCUCUGAGUUUGAGGCUAGCCUGGUCUACAGAGGGAAUUCUAGGACAACUUAGGGAUACUUAGAGAAACUCUGUAUCGGAAAACAACAACAACAACAAAAACUCAUCUUAAAUGGUCUUUUAAUGAAUUAGGGACCAUACCUCCAAGGAUUAUGGAAUAAACCUUUGUGAUAAAUGCCCAGGGAUUCUGAUAACGGUUGUGGGGUCCCACACUUUGAGAAACAAUGACAAAGAAAAGAUUGAUCUAGAAAAGAAAUAUUGCUUAUCUGUUAUUUCAAGGCUUCAUCAAGUGUUUAAUUCUGGUCAUGAUUCAAUAAUUUGGGUGAUACUAGCUCCACUUUUCACAGAAGAAUUAGUGUCUGAAUUGGAGUCAGGGACAUGGAGUCCGCGUCCUGAUUAGCUGUAGCUUGCUUGACUUCCAUAAGGAGAUGUUAUGGUUUGAGAACUUGUGAACACUUCCUUAAGGAUGAUUUUGGGAAGAGGCUGAGAUGUUAUUUUCCCAGUGAAAUUUUCAGGACUGCCUGCUAUUGGUUUACAGCGAUUUGUUACCAUGGCUGAUUCCUUAUGACCUUGUGGAGUUUUGCUUUUAAGUUUGGUGGCACAAGAUCCUAACACUUUGAUGGCAGUUUCUUGAACCCUUCAGUCACCUUCGUCCCGCUUUUGCCUUUUAUGCUCUGGUGUGUAAAUUUUUAUAGACAUUAAAAUGUUACCCUAAUGUUACCCAAAUGUUUCCCAGAGCAGUCAGAUAAAGGUUGAGUGAAAAUCCAGAAUCUUCCAAAAUCUAACGCUUUCAAAUACAUCACAAGUGGGAAAGCUUUACCUGAGAGUAUGUGAUGGGUCCCACUCAAAAGACAGAUGCGGGGCUGGAGAGAGUGCUCAGGUUCAGAGUGCUUGCUGCUGUUCAGAGGGCUGAGUCUGGGUCCCAGCACCCAUGCCAAGGGGUUUACCUGUGACUGAUGCUCCACAUGCAUUCAGGGUACCUGAAUCCAUGUAGCACUCACUCACACUGACACACACACACAUAUGCACACAUACUUUUAAUUCCAGCUCUUGGAAGGCAGAAACAGGCAGAUCUCUGUGGACUCAAGCCCAGCCUGGUCUAUAAAGUUCUUCAUUCACUAGAGCUAUAUGGUGAGACACUGUCUCAAAACAAAAUAAAUCAAAAACAAAAGCAAGCAAGCAAACAAACAAACCAAAACCAAAACCAAAACCCUCAAACCAAAUACAUACAAGAAGAAUAAAAAGAAUAAAAAGAAGAAUAAAUUAAUCUUUAGAAACCAGACAUACUAAACAUUAUAUAAAAUUUCCUUCAACCUAUAGAUGUAAAGUAUAUAUGAGGCAUACAUUUUCUACUUGGGUUUCUGACACAUUAAUGAGUUAUAUACAUAUGUGUAUGUAAAUACAUAGAUACACACAUACAUACAUAUAUAUAUACAUAAACGUAUACAAAUAUUUCCAAACUUAAAAUAAUUUAAAAUCUAACAGUUCUUGUCUCAUGGGCUUCAGAUAAGGGCUUCUCAAACUUAUGAAAAGUUUAUUAUAGGUUAGUUAGUCCCACAUACUUGUGAAUGUCAGCAUGUCAUAUAAAAAUGUUUAAAUAUAGAUUUCUCACAAUAAAUACAAAGGGAAUCAUAUUAAAAAAAACUGUGAGUGUUUAAUUAGGAUACACUCCAAUCAAGUACAAUGAACAUUAGAAUUUUGAUAGGCUUUCUUUCUUUUUUUUUUAAAUCACAUGUUCUUUAUCCUCUUUAUCUCUAGAUUCCUUCCAUAUCACCAGCUUCAGCCAACUUCAGCCAAAUAAAGAUACUUGGGAGAAUAUUGCAUCUGUACUAAAUGUAUACAGACUUUUUGUGUCCUCCAUGUAAUAAUAAGGCAUAACAUCUAUUUGCAUAACAUUUACAUAUUAUUAGGUAUGGUAAGUAGCCUAGAGAUGAUUUGAAGUAUAUUGGAGGAUGUUUCUUCUUAUACACAAAUACUAUGCCAUUUUCUCUACAGUAUUUGAGCAUCAACAGAUUAUGAUUAAUUAAUCCUAGCACCCAAAUCCUGGAGUUAGUAUCACAAAGAACAUGUAAUUUGGGCCUUUAAAAAAAUUUAACCUGAAGUUUAAAUAUUUUUAUAUGUUAAAUAGCCUUAAUAAUUAUAAAUGUCUGCCUAAAAUUGUACUAUCUAGUACCAGUUUUCUUAUGUCAGUUGGCCGCUAUGGUUGGAUGUUUGGGCUUGUAAUAAAAUAUUAAAACUGGUUUAUAUACAA